UACAACUACAUAUCACCGAACUGAACCCACAACACAACGCUCAGACUCAGCAGACAUGGCCGACCGCACUCCAGUCUCGCCAAUCCGUCCAGAAGAAUCGGCAACGACACGAGAGGAGAUCGAUUUCAACGACAACGACCAAGAAACCGGCACUGUCUCACCGCAAGGACAAGAAACUCCUUCGAGGCCGGAAAAGGUCUCCUCGCCACGUCCUCGUGUCUCGUUCAACGAGCAGACGGAGGACAUCCCACCUACGAAACCACCACGCCCUGUGAGCCCGAAUCUCCAAGCUGAGAAUACCUUGAUCGAAGCUUUCCCUACCAUCGACACCAAAGUCGUCAAGGCGGUUCUCGCUGCCAGCGGUGGCAAUGUUGAGCCGGCGUUCAACGCUCUGCUGGGCAUGUCUGAUCCCGAUUUCCAAGCCGAAGAAGCACGACCUCCUCCACAGCCUCCAAGGCCUACGCAGCGUCAGCCAGUAAGCCAGCUUGAAGCGGAUGAGCAGUACGCGAGACGACUUGCGGAGCAGUACAACUAUGACGGACAGCGUACGCAAAAUAGAUACAAUCAGCGCGAGCCUGGUCGCCGUGGACCGAAUUCGCAGCGCCACGAUGAUGAGGAGGGCAAGGAGCGGAGCUUCUUUGACGACGACCUUCCAGAGAUCGGUCGCAACAUUCAAGAGGGCUUUCUGGAGACUCAAAAGGUGGUCAACAGCUGGAUCACAAACUUCAAGAAGAAGAUUGAUGGGGAUGAGGAUGAAGACCUCUACUCUGGCUCCCAGUCAGGCUCCAGACAAAACUCGGGAAACUGGCCUCCACGACAAAACUUUGGCUCCAGCCAAAGCGAGCAACUGCAUGGGAUUAGGAGGUCAGCCGAGCGGACACGUCGUAGCACUGAAACGCAACGGUACGAUGCCGACCCACACGAGCUCGGCGCGGACGCAUUUGAACGAUUGGAGCUGAGAGACGAUGAAGCUCCACCGCCUCAGCCUCCGCGUACCAGCAGCAGGAAGUCCGCCAACCCGGACCUCUUCAAGCCGCAACCGAAACCUCCACAAAGUGGCCCUGUCGACGAGGUCGAUGCCGCGGAUCGGAAGUCCACGGGCAACAAUGCAUCGGAUACAGACAAGAGCAAGAAGUGGCAGCCGUUGACCAGUGUUACGCCGGCUCCAGAGGACGAUAACGACCCCUUCUCUCUUGGUGAUGAUGAUGAAGAAAAGGACAAGACAGAAGACUUGCGGAAGGAGGACUCGGAACGGCUGAAGACAUCAGCGAGGAACAGCAUCAGUGCUGAUACUAGCGGAUCGGCCCCGAAGCCUUUAGAGGAGACGGAGACUAGCAAUACUGGGAGAAACAAGGAGGCGGAAGAGCUUCUUACAGGGAAAAAGUCAUGA